AUAAUAUUUUUUCCUUCUCUUCUGUACUGUCAAAAUUUCUUACUCUACAUGUGUGUUUUCAGGGGUGGAAACUUCCUGAUAUGAUGUUUGCAACAAGACGUAGCUUAGCUGAUGCUGGCAAGUCUUUUUCUAAACAGAUUGACGGUGUCUUUUCAUCGAUUUCAAUCACCAGGCGACAAUUAUCUUCAAACUUGGAUGGUGUGGACUGUAAUUUAGCUGAGAGUAUUGAAACUACUGUUAGGACACAACAGGAGGUUAUUGAACUACAAGGAAAAACAGAUUCCAUCAGCACGGAUUUUAGAAAAGUUCAACAUGCAGUGCUGACUCUGGAAACUAAGAUUAACAUAAUAGAAGGCAAGCAGGAUUCAACUAAUGACGGAGUGUGGAGGUUGUGUGACUAUGCCAAGAGAUUGGAAAAUAGCAGAACCACAGAACGUAUUCAGGCAUGUAUUGAACUCUUCCUGUGAACACUACUGGCAGACCAUUUCUUAUGUCUUAUUUAAUAGAAUUUUAGGUUUUGUUUCGGUCUAACGAUUGAUUUCAUCAUGGCUGUAUGAAAAAUUCAAUACUUAUGUCUUAUUAGA